CUUCUUUUUGUUCUUGUGCUUUUUUCCAUCAAGGAAACCACAAAAAUCUAAGCCGUAGGGGAGUUGGAACAGUUAGUCUGCGAGAUUAUCUAGCACUGACAAUUACGGCUGAAUUACUGAUGACAGUGACAUUGGUCCAUGUCUUAAGCUGAACAUGUUAUCAAGUAAAAUGGAUUGCCACUCAGAUUUGGCAGAGUGGCAUAAACUGCCUUUCAGCUCCUGGACUGAAUCUCAUGUGAGCUCAUGGCUGAAAUCCAUUGGAAUAAAAGAAAACUACAUACUAAAGCUGAAUGAAGAAGAGGUGACUGGAUCAGUUCUCACAACUCUACAGAGGGAUUAUCUCAGCAAAACCAUUGGAAUGAAAAGUGGCCAAAUUGAACAUUUACUCAAGAAAAGAGAUGAUCUAUUAAAGACAGAACCGAGCAAAACAAAUACAAAAACUGUCACAAGUAGUAAUACAAAAUAUGACAAAAAAGUAAAUGUUUUUGUGUCAGAAGGAACAACUGACAGGAAGGUGCAAGACGAUAGCACUAAUGCAUGCAAUGACAUUGCAAAGUCUGGAGUGGGUUCCUGUGAGUAUCGAAAAUUUGACCAGCGUCCAACAAACUUCAGAUAUGUGAAGUACAAUUCUCUUCCCCCAGAGACAGGACCUGAAAACAUGAUUGUUCCAUGUCAUGAAUAUAAGUCACUAGAAAUUGCGCACAAACUGGACUCAAAAAGACUUAAAACAAAAGUGGCAAGUGAAGUCCUAAGAUUUGCAUGUGCCUGUAUGAAUAUGAGAGCCAAUGGAACAAUUCAUUUUGGCAUAAUGGAUAAUGUCAAAUCCACUCAUAAACAUGGCGAAAUCCUAGGGAUACCAGUCGAAAGCCAAGAAGAUUUUGUGGAUGCAUUAGAUUACAUUGAAAAAUGCUUUAAAGGCUCAAAUCAGCAAAGUGAUGCUAGGAAAUGCAUCAGGAACCCUUGCUUCAUUGAGGUUCUUGAUAAGGACAAUGCUGAGAAGACAUGGGUUGUUGAAUAUGACAUUGUUCCAAAAGCCAGCAUUGUUAAAGAUAAACUAUACUCUGUUGGUGUCCCAAAGUUCUCUGAGAAAGAUGGCAAAGUGAAAUGUGAAGAGCAAAUCCCGUAUCACCGGGUCGGGGCCAAAACACCACGGAUAUCUGAUGACGAACUAAUUCGUUUUAUUCAAGAUCUGAGAGAGAAGGACCAACAGAGGGAGGAGGCUGAGUCAUCAGCCAACCAAACACCUCUGGAAUUCAGAGAAGACCAAAAGAGAAAGCUGUCCAUCCUUCUGACGGGAGGGAAAACACACAUGGACAAUUCUCUCUUUUACAUUGUUGUCGCAAAUAAAAUACAGCCAGAAGAUCUUAACAGCAUAACCUUCUUGCUUAACAUGAAUCUUUUUUGUGUGUUUGACUUUGACCCUGAUUCUGAAACGUCUGGCCUUUAUGGUAAAUUCAAGGAGCAGAAGGCUGUAACUCCACAUUUCCUCAAUGACUAUGAAAACAACAAAAGACUGGAAAAUGCUGAUCUUAUUGCUUCUUUGAAAUUCUUUGACCGAGUUAGUUGGAUCUAUUGCAAUGGCCGAAACAACUUCCCUGGCAACAAUCUUCCCAGUGAUGAAGAAACUUGGAUCAAGACAAGAAAAAAAAAGAUGAAAAAAGCUGUGUCGCUAAUCUGCAAUGAAAUCCUCCCUAGGAAUUCAUUCGUUGUUCUCUUUCUAUUGAUGUCCGAUGUUGAACAGCCUCUUGUUGAGACUUUUCACGAGUUUUAUGCAGAAAUGAAUGGGCAUGAUUGUUUAGUUGUCAUUGCAGAGUCCAAGGAAAACUAUAGAAAAUGGUCAAGUCUGGCUCAAGUCUCUUGUCCCAUUUCUGCACUCAAAGAAAUCAGCAUUGUUGACAUGCCACUGAGUCACGUGGAUGCAACAGUUCAAAGCAUUCAGCUAUCAAAGAACCAACCAGAAAGGAAACUACCAGUUUCAAAUGGGGGUUUGUGUUUCCUAAAGUCUGUUGACGAGGCUAUGCUAGACUCUUUGGAAAUCAUCACCAUUGACUACUGUGAUGACACAAAUCUAGAAAUCAUGAGUGAUGAUGAAAUCAAAGAAACUGAACUCUAUUUCUACCGUGGUGGAAAAAUUAACUGGAUUAACUUCUGGCUUGCUGAAAAGCACAAAUGUGGAGACAUCAUUGAACGGGAUGCCUACAAGGAAGCAAAUACAAUCCUGGAUGAUGUAGUUCAUCGUCACAAAGCUGUACGUCCCAUUGAAAGUGUGAACAUAUAUCAUCAUCCCGGCAGUGGAGGAAGCACAGUAGCACGACAGAUGCUCUGGAGUAGAAGGACAAAAGUACGAUGUGCAGUUGUGAAACAGUCAAAAGAAGUCACUAUUGUUUGUGAGCAUGCAGUGAAACUGAGGGAACACAAUGAGAAUGACAAAAACAACUGUCUUCCUGUGCUCCUCCUGCUGGAGGACCAAAAUCCAGAUUACAUUGAUGAUCUUCGACGACUUCUUGGAAAUGUCAUUGCAAUCAAAAAGAUAAAUCCAUUUGUGCUGUGCUUCAUUCUGCUCAUCUGCAACAGAUCAAAUGAUCCAGAAAGAAUGUGCAGGGCAUCACCAUCUCAAACAAUAGCGGUUACCCACAAACUGUCAGAUCGGGAAAAAUCUUUGUUCCUGAACAAAAGUGAGGAACUCAAAUUUCAAUUUGAAGACUUGGACUUCAAAUUCAUCCUCACAUUUGUUCUUUUGAGCAAAGAGUUCCAACCAAGCUACAUAAAGGAUUUUGUUAAAAAUCUUUUAGAUAAAAUUGAUCAUACAUCACUGAUCACUCGCCUCAUCAGAUUUGUGGCUUUACUAAACUGUUAUGUAAAGGAUUCCUACAUUUCUGUGUCUCACUGCGAGGCAAAUCUUGGUAUUGGUCUGCAUGUGGUUGGAACUCGGUACCAUGCCUUUGUUGAUCAUCUCAGUGAUGAGGCCAAAUUAAUUUUCAUUCAUCUUAGAGACAGUUCAACACACAUCCAGUCAAUCCGUAUCAUUCAUCUGCUUGUGGCCAAAGAAAUCCUGAGCCAGCUCUCCGUUAAUAUGCCUCAAAGCUCGAUUGCCACAGAGCUCAUCAAAGAUGAUGUACUCAUCAAUCAUAGGUUUGACAGAGAUCAGUUUCUUAAGGUUAUAAGAGCUCUCUUCAUUAGACGCAAUAAAAGAAGCAGAGGAGAUCCAAAGGACACAACAUUUUCUCCACUAAUUGAAGAAGUCCAAACUGAGGAAGGUGGUGUUCAGAAAGCUGUUGACUUGAUGAAAGCUGCAUUCAUAGCUUUGGGAAAGGAUGCUUAUGUGGCACAACAACUUGCCCGGCUGCUUUACACCCAUAAGAGAUUUGAGGAGGCUCUUGAGUGGGCACAGGAAGCAAAAUCAUUGUCUCCUCAUGACACAUUCAUCCUUGACACACUGGGUCAAGUGUACAAGUGGUGGUUUUACCACUUGUAUGACACCCUUGAAGAAAAAGACCCUUCUCCAGAUAAGGGGGUUGAAAUCAUAAGCAUUGCCCUCAAAGGGAUAUCUGCUUUUCGAGCCUCUGAAAAAACACCAAAGAAAGAGACGGUCAACCUUAACAGUUUAUACUAUGGGGAAGUGGAUGUUGGCUGCAGGCUGCUGAAAUUCUUGUCAGGAGUUGAUGUUUUUUCAAAUACAACUGGAUAUUCAGAGCUGAUGAAUUACUUACUAACCGACUACAUACCAGAAGAAGUCAGAAUACCCUGGCAGAAAUUUCAUCAGCAGCUGAAAGGGUUGGAAAAGAGCUUGAGACAGGCUCUGGAAUGCAUUUCUGAAGACCUGAGCUACUUUCAGACUGACAUUAGUGAAGAGGAUGAGGAACUUGAUGCAAGAGAUCCAGAGCAGGUUUACAAUCCAAGAGAAUGGUUGACAAGGAAAAGUGCUGUAUAUGCUGGAUUUUUCUGUGGUAUACAAGAGGAGAGCAAUAAAGCAUCUGAAAACCUGAGCACUGAUAUAAAAAAUCCUGGAAACGUACUCUCACCUUUCCAAAGACAGAUGAGGACCUACAAACUUGGAGGAGGAAAUAUUACAUCCAUCCUCUCUUUACUUUAUGACAAGAAACCACAGAGGGCUGGAAAAAAACUUGAGGAGAUUAUGGACAUGUAUCCAGAAAACCUGACAUGGAAGGGCCUUGAUGAAACAGAGCUCACUAAUGUCAUUUUUUGCCAGAUAGCUCUUAACUGUAUCCUACCUGGAUCCUCAAAGCUCUUAUCCCUCAAGCAAUUACAAGAUCUCAGCAAGGGAUUUAAGACAAAAGGAAAAUACAUGUCAUCAGCAAGUGCCCUCUUUCUUCUCUCUCUCCUGUUUUGGCCUGAAAACAGUAAAGAAGUGAGUUCUGCUGAUGCGCAGAUACUUCUGUUGGCCAUUGAUGCUCUUCAGAGAUUAUGUGAACAAAAAAUCCAACACAUGUCUCAGAGAAAAAGUAGAAUUGUCACACACUUCUUCCUGGCAACAGCAAGAGGUCUAAAUAAGAUUGUCCACAGAAGUGCUAUCGAAAAGCAGAUCAAAGGAACUCUGAGUGAGAGAAAGUUAAAAUGGCUUGGAGGGGAAGUUUGGAAAACCCAGGAAGUUGUGGAAAAACUGAAACGGAUUGAAGGGUGGACAGAAAAUGGAAACUUAUAUGUCCAAUGUGGGCAUAAAGACAGCAAAAUAAGAGUCGUUCCUCGAUACUCUGGCUCCUUGCCCCAUGGAAAUGAGAAAGUUACUUUCUACUUAGGCUUUUCAUUUGAUGGUGUAGUUGCUUGUGACAUUCAGAUGAUGAAAUAAUAUUAACUCUGAAAAUAUCUUAUCUUAAAUUAUCUUAAUCUGGAAAACAGAUGACCUGCACCAAAAAGGUGCAGCAACAUUAAAGUAAUUUAUUCUCAUUUACUGACUAAACUGAAUGUGCGCAACAAAGAUGGACAAGUUAAACUGAGCAGUCAUAUUCAGUAAGACUUUAUUUUAAACUUCACCUUUUUAAUAUGUUAACAAAUCAAUGAAACCAGGAAUGUUGGUAUUUUCUGAAACAUGUUUUGUUUUUCUAUAAUAAGUAACAGGAUUCCUUCACAAAGAGGAUUAUGUGUGGAGACACUUUCUGAACAAUAAAAGUUAACAGCUGUUUUCCUUCCAUGAGCAAAGUGAGAUUGUACCAAAUAGUAAAACAUUGUGCAAACUAUAGAAAAGAUGGGCAUGGAAUAGAAUUAGAACUAAGCAUACAGCUAUGGUCUUGUACACAUCCUGAUUUAGAGUUAAAUAUGUUUGUUUUUCAUUUACUUUUAAUGGUUUUGAGAUAUCUUUAAAGUUAUAUUGUCAAGUGGUCUUACUAGGGUUUUAAAUACUAUUAUCACUGUGUUCACUGUUUUUUAAUCAAGUUUUGCAUAACUCAUUGUUCUAACUUUAAUCAAUUUUACUUUACUUUUUGAACUAUACAUAGUUUGUCAUAAUUUGUGAAAUUAUGGUGUGAUAGCUGCUGGUUGAAACGUCUUCAUAGAAGCAUUCAGCUUCAAUGCACCUCAAACAAACUUUCAGAAAACUUCAAAACAGCUGAAAGAUUGAGUUCCUUUAAACCAAGACUAAAACCCUACCUGUCUAGAGUUGAUUUUGAGCUAUAAUAAAUGUAACAUUGAAAAAUACAUUUUAUUAUGGACUGAUUAUUCUGAUGAUGGCUUGACAAAAUUUUAUGUUUGUUAUUGGUUUUCACAACUAUGACUAUAUUAAUUGCUUAUGAAGCUUGUUUUGUUUUCACGAUGCAAAGCUCAUUGAACUGUUGUGUUGCUGAAAUGUACUGUACAAAUAAAUUUGAUUGAUUGAUUAAACUGCACAGCCCCACAAA